AUGGAGCUCUUUCUGGCUAGGACAUUCCAAAGGCUCAUGAGCUUAAUUGUUGGCGUCUUCAUGCUUACCUUUCUUACAAUAUACAACCUGGGGCCUUCACUCACAGUUUUCAGGAUCAUGAUAUGGUACAAACAUCAGAAAAGGGGUGUGAGGGUGAAAUAUGCUGAGCACGAGGGCUACAGGUUCUGCUACUUCUCCCGAGGGGAGCCUGGAACCCGGCCAUCUGUCCUGAUGCUUCACGGGUUCUUAUUCAACAAAGACAUGUGGCUAAACACAAUCAAACUCUUCCCCCAGGACCUGCACGUGGUCUGCCUCGACAUGCCUGGCCAUGGAAGAACCACCCGCUUGCUGGGAGAGAGUUAUGCAGCCGCUGAUCAGGCGAAAAAGAUACACCAAUUUGCCAAAUGUGUUGGCCUGAGCAGAAAGCCUUUCCACCUGGUCGGCAUCUCCACGGGCGGGAUGGUGGCUGGGGUUUACGCCGCGCUCUACCCGUCGGACGUCUGCGCCUUGUCCCUCCUUUGCCCAGCUGGUCUGAGGUACCCAGCCAGUCGCGACACCAUCAGGCGCCUGCAGCAGGAGCAGCGACCCGCUAGUGCGGACGACUUCCUCAGGCACGGCUUGUACCGCCCCACCCGAACCGCUCUGCAGCAUCUAAAGGGAUACCUUGAAGAUACCAGCCCACACGAGGCUUUUUUUAUCAAAUGUUUUUUAGACCUCUCCAGUGAAAAGUCCAGAUACAGCCUUCAUGAGACCAUGAGCAAGAUCAGAGCUCCCACCCAGAUCAUUUGGGGGAAACAUGACAAGGUGAUUGACCCUUCUGGAGCAGAGAUUUUGGCUGAUACCAUUCCUAACUCCCAAGUGCAUGUGCUGGAAAAAUGUGGACAUUUCAUAGCAGUAGACAGGCCAAAAAAAUCCACAAAGCUUCUCCUGGAAUUCUACAAUUCAGUCUGUGGCACAGUGGAAAACAAGAUGUGA